CUGAGUCUUGGAUCCAGGUCAAUACAGAAGGCCAUGUCUGGGAUUCCGGAGGCUCCCAUGAAGAGCAUCCGCCCCUACAAGUCGAGCGAGCAGUACCUCUAUGCCAUGAAGGAAGAUCUGGCCGAGUGGCUCAAAGACCACUACGCGUGGGACGUGGACGUGGGCUCCUUCUUGGAGGCCCUGCAGACGGGCGUCUUGCUUUGCCACCAUGCCAACCACAUCACCCAGGUGGCCAGAGAUUUCGGACAGGCGUACCCCAGUCGGGCCCACAGGGUCCAGCUCCCCACGCGGGCCGUGGCCUGCAACGAGCUGGCCCAGGCGGGGACGUUCCAAGCCAGGGACAACGUCUCCAACUUCAUCCAGUGGUGCCGGAAGGAAAUGGACAUUAAAGAAGUCCUGAUGUUCGAGACGGAAGACCUGGUCCUGCGGAAGAACGAGAAGAACUUUGUCCUGUGCCUCCUGGAGGUGGCCCGCCGGGCCUCCCGCUUCGGCAUGAGCGCCCCCACCCUGAUCCAGAUGGAGGAGGAGAUCGAGGAGGAGAUCCGGGCGGAGCUGGACUUGCCGCGGGAGGAGACGCCCCUCCCCAAGCGCCAGAGGAAAGCUGGCGGCUUCAAGAACCUGGACCAAAUAGUCCAGCAUUUGGUAAGCUGCUGCACCUGCCCGGUCCAGUUCUCCAUGAUGAAAGUCUCGGAGGGGAAGUACCGCGUGGGCGAUUCCAACACCCUUAUAUUUGUCAGGAUCCUGCGAAACCACGUGAUGGUGCGUGUGGGCGGCGGCUGGGACACGCUGGAGCACUACCUCGACAAGCACGACCCCUGCCGCUGCACCUCACUGUCUCACAAGCAAGCCCUGACGUCAGCCAGUCCGCAGAGGGCUCAAGCCGCGCCCGUCCAGCACGAGAUCACCGCCCGCUUGACCCCCAGGACGGACAACCCCAACCAGCCGCAGCCAGCCUUAAUCGUCAGCAGGUCCCAAAGUCCUCUGCCCCCGGUGGAGUGGAGGACGUACAUGCCCCACCGUCUGGGCACCCGUCAGAAGGCUUUGGCCUCCUGCCCGCCGGAACGCAGCGGAGGUGGCCAUGGCCGCAAGAGCCUGGAAGGUCCCCCGGACCAUCCCGGGCUCAGGAGGGACCCUUCAGGCAGGGUAAGAGCGCGGUCAGUCACGCCUUCCCGGAGGUUGCUGGCCACGGAAGACGGGCCUGGAUCCCAGCCAACCAUCCCCGCACAAAGUGGGAGGCCACGGACGCCAUGUGUCCUGCUCAACGCCCAGCAGAACGGCCACAUAGAUCACGGCGUGCAUCUGAAAGUCCUCCCCGAGCCGCCGCGUGGAAGGACGCCCGCUCGGAUCCCGGCAACGGCUUUCCCGAGAGAGAGAACAGAGAGGCCUGGGACGCCGGGGAUACCCGCCCGCAGGGAGGGAGUCCAUCAAGAAAGGAAGGGGGCGCUGCCCAGCCGUUCUCCCAGCCCCACCAAAUAUUUCCGGCCCUCCAUUUCCCAAGAGGCUCCUAGGACUCCAACAGACAGCUCAGGGAUGCCGCCGGAAAGGGUGACCCCGCACAGCUGCGUGCAAAACCCCGCCGUCAAGCAAGCGCCUUCCCCAGUAACAAACACCCGCCAGGUUUACAAAGACGACACCGACGCCAAGACCGCAGGCAAAGCUGCGACAACUUCCUACAGGCCCCACACCCCGAGCAAAAGCUACCGAGGAGAGCUCUGUUUCAGAAAUGGGGGUCCGACUUUGGCCAAAGGCCCAACAAUACCCCGAUACGACACUGCCUCUCAUAGAAACAGGACGGUCCGUUUGGAAGCAGCGAGUGGCAGGUGUGCCGAGACCGCAGGUCUGAAGAGAGGCGGUUUGGAUUUGGGGCAUAAAAGGAAGGACAUCCCAGGACGAUAUGACCUCCCAGGGAGCAAAGUGACUCCCGGAGAACUUGGUGCAGAGAAGGAGCGUGUCUAUACGCCUUUACCGAUUAACACAGCCGAGGAGCAGGCUCUGUACAGAAGUCUGGAGGACGAGAUUUUGUCCAACAUUAGAGAACUGGAGGCCGAUUCGGAGGAGGACAGCUUUGCCAGGGAGAAGCUGUGGGGAGGUUUUAGGACACACUGUAGUCUAGAGAAGGACCCCGAUGGUAAUGGCCCACAGCUGUUGACAUCCGGUCUGACCUCUCUUCAGGGUGCCCCAAAGGGCUUGGUUUAUGGCAAAGGGGUUCCCCGGAGUGGCGUCUAUGUGCCCGCCAGAGAAGCAAGAUGGCACCCCGCAGGGCUGGGUUAUGACAGUGUCAUCCAAGAGCUUUCUAAAACCCUCCAUCAGGAACGUCGGGAGGCCGAGACGCAUUCGCCUCGGUUGGAUUCGAAUCUGGCUAACGGAGACCCGGUGGAAAAGAAGGUUCCGGAAAAAGAAGAGGCACCUGAGCAGGAAUUCACAGCUACUGAAGAUGACGAAGCCCCUAACGCGACCAACAAAAGGCCCACGGAACCCGACAAAAACGGCGAGGCCUCUCAGGAAACACCGAGUGAAACGACAAAUUCUCUCGAAAGUACCCGCACGCUAGAAGAGCCACAGAUGCCGCCGAGGAAGCCGAGGAGGUCUCUGAAGAAACCCGAGCGCGUGCCGUCCAUUUACAAGCUCAAGCUGCGUCCCAAGAUCCGGCCGCGCAGAGAUAACCGGCCGGAGAAGAGGCCUUCAAAGAUCCCCACGCCGGUGGCGUACAGACACACCCAGUGGGCCAAAGGUCAGGCGAAGGCCCACGGCUCCAAACGCCUGGCUCAGACCCACGUGGUGAGUCCGGAACCCAUCAGCACAGGGAACGUUGGGUCGGAAGAAGAGGUUACGCUUCCGGAGUAUAGUCCUUCCUCCACGCAAGAAGGGGAUUCUGGGAAGAAAACGGCCACGUCCGAGCGUUCCGACAGUGAGGAAUCUUGGCUGUGA